AUGGCCACACUUUUAUGGCAAACAAAAACAAUUUUUCUUGUUGCCUUACUCGUCGUUUCGUCUUUCGUAUUAUCAUCAAUGGCAAACCACCCCCCUGUUAUAAGCAUGGGGAUACCCUAUACAAAAAAGAAAGGGGUUUUGACCCUAUCUGAAGAUACGCCACUAAAUUCCAUUUUGGCCAUCAUGGAGUGCACGACACAGAACUCUUAUGUCAGCAUUCCGUUAGUGUAUCCCAAGACGUAUAAGGUUGAACUGGUGAAAGAGUUAGAUAGAGAAGCUAUUAACAUGGUGGAGGUAUCUAUCCAGUGCAGUGAUAAAGGAACGCCUGCCAUGACAACUACUGCUGUGUUCACAAUAGAGAUCGUGGAUGUUAACGACAAUAUGCCAGCAUUCACAAAGCAAGUUUACAAUGCAACUGUCAAAGAAGGUGUCAGAAUUGGCACACUGGUGACAAAGGUUAAAGCUACAGAUCCUGAUGCCGAACUGAAUGGGGCUUUGGAGUACUCUAUACAAGAAGAUUCAAGCAGUAACUUCACCUACUUCACCAUUGACAAGGAGUCUGGGAGAAUCUACACGAGCUUGGAGAUCGACAGAGAGAUGGUCAGCGAAUUUACUCUGACAGUUGUGGCAAAGGAUACAGGAUUGCCAAGUCAUUCAGCUUCGGCCCAGGUGAAGGUUGAGGUGGAAGAUGUUAACGAUAAUGCGCCGGUUAUCUUGACCAAGGAGUUUCACACAAGUGAGAAUCAGAAACCCAUGGUGCAAGUUGGCAUUAUCCAAGCCACUGACUCGGAUAUCGGCAAGAAUUCUGAAUUGGUGUUUUCAAAGCUGGAAGAUUCUCCGUCUUCGUCUCAAGCGCCAUUUCUCAUACAUCCAAACGGAGAGAUACUCUUAGUAGUCAGUCUCGACAGAGAGCAGAAGGGGGAGUAUUCAAUGGAAGUGUCUGUCAGAGACAAGGGAACUCCUCGUCUAAGUAGCUCAGCAACGAUAACUAUCUUUGUUGAUGAUGUCAAUGAUAACGCGCCGACUAUCAUCAGUGAUUGUCUGGAUAGCGACCUCUAUGACGACUCUCCUUACGAUAGUGAAAGCAACGAAAGCAUAAGUCUCUUAUCAAUCGACUGGUACUCCCCGGCCGAUGACCGAUUAGUUCAUCAGAUGGUAGCUGUAGAUGACGAUAGCAAGGAGAACGGAGAUCUUCGCUACGCCAUAGAAGCAGUGAACGUACAGAAGAAGGUCAACAUAACCACAGAAACUGAGCCGUUGUUUCAGAUCGACAGCCUCUCUGGAGCAAUAUCUUUACGUCGGCCUGUCUACAAGUACGAUAACUUGAUCCAGUAUCUCAACAUUAGCGUCACAGACAACGGGGUCCCGCCACUCUCUGCCUUUUGCCUUCUGAGCAUCAAAAUCGACGUUGAUGCCUCUUUGUUGACCAUUCCCAAAACGGAUAACUACGAGAGGAAGCUCAAUGGGCAGAGUGCAUAUAACCAAAGUGGCGCUUCGAGUGACCUUGUGUUACCAGUAUUUAACAUAUCAAGACUUUUAUGUCUUCCCAUAAUUCUUGUAUAUAUGAAUAUGUGUUGUUUCUAA